AUGACUAUUAAGUCUAAUAAAUUAUUAUUAAUUCCUGAAUUUUAUCAUUUAGUUAAUUUACAAGCUUAUAAUGCACCUAAAGUAUCAAAUCAUGUACCUAAACAUACUAAACCAAUAAAUGAUAAUGAUUUAGGUUAUUAUUUAGCUGGUCUUAUUGAUGGUGAUGGUUUAAUAAAAGUAUUAAGUUUAAUUAAUGUUGGAUUUAUUGAUGCUGAUGGAGGAUUUCAAAUUAAAUUAGUAAAUCGAAAUUCAAAAAUUGAAUGUCGACUUAAAUUACAAAUUAGUCAAAAAGAUCCUAAAUUAUUAGAAGAUAUUAGAUUAUUUAUUGCUAAUAUAGAUUUACCAGGUUUUGGUAUUAUUUCACAUGUUGUAUCAACUGAAACAGGUAAACCUGUUUUUGGUAGUGAAAGUAUGAUUUAUGCUAUGAGUGCAAUUGGUUUCUUAGGAUUCAUUGUAUAUGCACAUCAUAUUGGUGUCGUUAAUAAUGGUUUACCUUUAAUUUCUGAACAUUUAAAUAAAUAUAAUAGACCUGGUGGAACUUAUUCUAAUGCUUCUUCAUAUAAUAUAAAAGAUGAAGAAAUAUUAGGUUAUUAUUUAGCUGGUUUAAUAGAAGGUGAUGGAUAUAUUGGUGUUAAAGAAAUAUCAAUUUCAAUUGAUAUUAAAGAUAUUAAAAAUGCUUAUUAUCUUAAAAAAAUAAUUGGUUAUGGACAAGUUAAACCUUAUUCACAUACUGAUAUAGCUAUUAGAUUAAUAUUUACUACUAAAGAAUCUAGAAAGCGUGUAUAUGAAUUAAUUAAUGGUAAAUUAAUAGGUCAAUAUAAACAUAAUCAAUUAAUUAAACAUAAUUAUGCUGAAAGAUAUAAUUUACCACUUAAACCAUUAGCUAAAUUUAAUUUAUUAAGUAAUCCUUGA